AUGACCUACGGUUCGCUUCUAGAAGUUCGUGGUGUAGACAGCAUCGAAAUGUAUGAAUUUCUGGCACGCCAUGGCGCGUACAAAAGAGACCAAUACGCACAGGAGGAGUACGACCCAGACGGGACAUCAAGCCGGGUAAAAGCUGGGGAGCUGAAAGGAAAAGCCAAAGUGAUUCUGGUCGUUGAUCCCGCCAGUUCAGGGAAAACGGACUCGAUUCAAAUGCUGGCCAACAGAGGUGACCGUAUCCGAGGUAACGAACCCCAUCUAUGCGCCUACACCCAACCAAUUCCAGAUAUGAUCCUGACAGAUAGAAGCCGCUAA